GGUUCACCUCGUCUCUUCUUAAGAUAUUAGAAUAUUGUCGAAAAGUUAUUUUAAACGAGGAGGGAAAUGGAGGUAAACGGCGGUCCUGCAAACCCCGCGGUGACUGCUGACGUAUCGUUCUCGUUUCGAGAUGAACUGACUGCGACCCUGCAGAACGCGCUCGGUGUCGCGGUAGAGAUCGCCGUCGCGGAGAUCACCAGACUGCUGGACAGAGCGCUCAGAGACGUGCAAGACAAGAUUCAAGAGGCUCUGCAGGACAAUAGUGCGCUCAAGUUUAGGCUACAAACAGCUGAAACACAACUUUCUAAUGUGUGUGGUCGCUUGAAUCAACAGCCACAGAGGCUCGAAGAUGUUCCCAUCGGUAGUAGCAGUCAGCUGGUGACAAACCCUCCCAUCAGUUGCAGCAGGGUUGAGCGCGGCUGUCGACAGUUAAAUAGCCUUAAUGUCGGGCAACAAACCGAGCCCGCCGUGGACUCGGAACAUGAUUAUGAGGUGUGUGGAUCCAAGGAAACUAAUGUAUUGCGGCGAGGAUCAGUCUAUGGGAAGCCCCAUGGAGGCGCGUGCGCUCAGACUUUAAACUCGGAUUCACUUGAAGAGUCAACACACUAUAGAUUAGAUGAGACAAAUGACAUCAAGAAUGAGCAACACAGUAUGACCAAAACUGUGCAGGCAUGUGCUGGGACAGUCUCAAGUGUGUUGUUGAGUGAGGAGUCAUCCAUGGAAGUGGCUGUAAAGGUAGAGAAAGAGAAGGUUUAUGGUGACCCAAUCCCAGUGUCCCUCUCUGAAGCAGAGGAGCCUAACUCAGACAGCCUUUCUCUGGCUCAGUCUCGACUACUGGAAGACUGGAGACCUGAGCCAUUGCAGUCAGAGAGCUGCCAAUCAAACAUGCACUGCCAGUCCACCAACCAAUCCCUAGACUUUGAUUUCCUGUCAUCCUCAAGCUCAGGCCAACAAACACACUUCCCAAAGCUCCACAACACCAAUCACAAAGGUCCUGAGCACCAUGCAUUUCCCCCCAGCCUAAACCUGUAUAGCUGUGGCCUGUGUGGACGAGACUUUAACCGUAAGCACCAUCUCAAGAUCCAUCAGAGGAUCCAUACAGGAGAGAGGCCGUACACUUGCUCCAUCUGCAGCGCGCGCUUCCGUCAUGCAUUAACACUCAAACGCCACUUCCGCCUCCAUACGGGAGAGAAACCUUAUGUUUGUGGUCAGUGUGGGAAAAAGUUUCGAAAUGAUGGUGGAUUGAAGGUCCAUCAGUGUUCAUGACAACAGUUGUAUAAAUGCAUUAUUUAUAGUAGUCUUGUGUUGCAGGAUGAAUCCAAUAUAGGGUCACCCCAGAAGCCAAAAGGUUAUUAAAUGGAUAGUUCACCCAAAAAUGAAAACUCUAAUAA